AUGUUGGCAAAUGUUGACUUUGGGUUUACUGUGAGUACAUGUGCUGCUCCUGAUGGAAUCGAAGCCAUUGUGGGAGAGCAAAAUGGAUACAAUCGAGGCAUUUUUGGAAUUCCAUGUGAGAAAAAAUCAGAAAUUGAAGAUAUGGUGAAGGUGCUUGAGUCUUUGAAUCCAAAUCCACGCCCAACUCUCGAUCUUGAUAAGGCUAGGUCAUUCAACUUCAAUCCCACCAUAGUUUUUUUGUUGUUUUUUUUAAAAUAUCAAAUGUGUGCAAAAUUGGUAGUUGGGUGGAUGCUGGAAGCUAAUAUACAGUACAAUAACAAUCCUGGGAUCAAGAAGAACGAAAUUGAGAUUAGAGAUUUUAUCAGUUUGGGAGAUUUCUUGCAAAUAUUUCCAUGGGACAUUCCAAGUCUACAAUCGGCAUCAUACUACAACAUGGCAACACAAAUGCCAAAUGGCACGUAUCUACCUUCUCACACUGCACACGCUUCAUUAAAUGUAGUGGGACAAUCUUGUCAUAUGCAAUUCCCAAGGUUAUACCACUCGCAACAACCGGGUACUAUUGCCAACCCCCACCAUAUGGUUGUUAUUUGUUUCAUGGAAAUUGCCAAUGAUGUUUAUCAUGAACUUGAAAAGAGACAAGCAAUUGUGGAUGGUUUAAGAGACAGUGUGUUAGGGUAUUCAGUUAAUGUUCCUGGGACAAUAGCUAAAGAUGUGAUGGAUAUGGUUUUAGUGACUUGGUAUUUUGACACCAUGAAAGAAAUCGGUGCUGCAUCCAAAUCAUCUAUAGUGUUCAUCCUUCAUGUUAUGGCAUUUUAG